CGACCACCAAGUUCGCGAUCCGGCCAAGUCAGUCAAAAUGGUCAACGUUCCGAAAACCCGCCGGACGUACUGCAAGUCCAAGGAGUGCCACAAGCACACCCAGCACAAGGUCACCCAGUACAAGGCUGGAAAGGCCUCCCUGUUCGCCCAGGGUAAGCGUCGUUACGACCGGAAGCAGAGCGGUUAUGGUGGUCAGACCAAGCCCGUCUUCCACAAGAAGGCCAAGACCACCAAGAAGAUCGUUCUCCGUCUUGAGUGCACUGCUUGCAAGACCAAGAAGCAGCUUUCUCUGAAGCGCUGCAAGCACUUCGAGCUUGGUGGUGACAAGAAGACCAAGGGUGCUGCUCUUGUCUUCUAAAUUUGCGGUUUUCUUGUUCGGCUCUGGGUUUCAUGCAUUGCACAGACCGCAAUGCUGCGGCGGCGGCUAUGACAUCGGCAAUGGAAGAUGGAAUAGGAUCUCAUAUUCAAGAAAAAAAUGAAAGAAUAUAUGACUCCUAGUUGAUGAGUCUCUUGACGAACUAUUGUG